GUUGAGCGGAGCCUCCGCCUUCUAGCAAUAGUAGCACCAGCGUGCCCAGAAGGCGAAGAGAAAGAUUUGUAGCGGGCAGAGAGACCGAACUAAGGGAGAAGAGAGAAAGCUCCACCAGUCCGUAGGUGUACCACCGCGCCCUGCGAGACACGCGCGGAGGCUCUCCUGUACUGUUGGUAUCAAUUUCCCAUAUAGCCUCUUGAAGAACAGAUCACAAUGAUCCUAAAUAUUACUGCAGAAGAGACCGAUAAAAAGAACCCCAUUGACUGUCCCUCUUUGGGAAGGCACAGCUACAUUUUUGUUAUGGUUCCAACUGUUUACAGCAUUAUCUUCAUCAUUGGUAUAUUUGGAAACAGCCUGGUUGUGAUUAUCAUCUACUUCUACAUGAAGCUGAAAACUGUGGCCAGUGUUUUUCUGCUUAAUUUAGCCCUGGCAGAUCUGUGUUUCCUAGUAACUCUACCAUUAUGGGCAGCUACAACAGCCAUGAAGUACCAUUGGCCUUUUGGCAACUGCUUGUGUAAGAUCGCUUCAGUUGCAGCAACCUUCAAUAUGUACGCAAGUGUCUUUCUCUUGACGUGUCUCAGUGUAGAUCGUUACUUAACAAUAGUGCAUCCCAUGAAGGCCCGUCUUCGACGCACCAUGCUCGUUGCCCGGGUAACUUGCAUCAUCAUCUGGCUGUUGGCAGUCCUUGCCAGCUUGCCUGUUGGGAUUCACCGCCGUGCAUAUGUCCUUGAAAAUGAAAACAUCACCGUAUGUGCUUUUUGGUAUGGCACACGCAGGAAUUCAACCAACCACAUAACCAUCAAUAUUGGAUUAGGCCUAUCCAAAAAUAUUCUGGGCUUCAUCAUUCCCUUUGUGGUCAUUUUAAUAAGCUACAUAUUAAUCUGGAAAACUCUGAAAAAGGCUUAUCAGUUUCAGAAGAAUAAUGGCCGAGGGGAUGACAUCUUUAAGUUGAUAGUUGCAAUAGUUCUGUUUUUCUUUUUUUCUUGGAUUCCUCAUCAAAUAUUUACCUUUAUAGAUGUGCUGAUUCAACUUGAUGUGAUUAAGAGCUGUGAUAUUGAAGAUAUUGUGGAUACAGCUAUGCCCUUCACAAUCUGCUUAGCUUACUUUAACAACUGCCUGAAUCCUGUCUUUUAUGGCUUUUGGGGGAAAAACUUUAGAAAAUACUUCCUUCAGCUACUCAAAUAUAUCCCUCCAAAUGUCAGGCAUUCCAGUUUGUCGACAAAGAUGACUUCUCUUUCAUAUAGACCCUCAGAUGACUUAAUUCGCACUACCAGAAAAAAAGGAUCUCUGGUUGCUGAGUGAUAGUAUAGCAGCACAUUUUUUGCUGUUAGUUGCUCAAAGCGACAAUGCUCCCAUUCUGCAGUGUUGGACCAUCUGAAAUACUUCAUCCUUGUGAAAACUGGGGCCUACCUUCAUUUCAUGUUUAUGAAGAGGAACACCUUAAACAAAGAAUGCCGGCAUCAUACCUUCCAGUGUCUGAGCUUAGUGGGAGAUAAUGUGUGAUAUAACAUCUAAUCCAACUACAUGUAGAAGAAUCUGAAAUUAUCUUAUGUUGCCUUAUACAUAGGUGUUAUAUAGAAGACUUAUUUCAGAAUCCAGAAAGGAAAGGAAAGGUGUAUUUAAAGAAAGUGAAAGAACUCUCUGCUUAACUAUAAUGAAAUCCUCCCUGUACUACAUUUUAUUACAUACAUACAUCUUCUUCAGAGCCUGAAAAGUGCCAGAACUGAACUCACGUAUAUCAGUAAUACAAUAACAUUUUGAAAUAAGAGUAAAAAUGUAAUGCAUUAUAGAAUGAAUCCAUAUUUACAUAAAAUAUUUUUCCAUGUUCAAGUAACAUAUACAUCUAAAUUGUACUACAUUCUUAAUAUAGCACUCUUUCUAAACGUAGUUGAACAAAAACUUCAUUCUGAAAGUAUUUCCCUCUCUAUAAGCUCCUGGCAAAAUAUAUCUAAGGAAAAUUUCUGUUUACUUUCACACAAUUUUAACUGUCUUUCAGAAGUACAUCACUACUAUUGUUUAUUUAAUACAGUUCCUUUCAAAAUGGGUGUUGAUACAGAAAAGUUUUGAUAAUACAGCCUUUCCUAAACUGAUAUCUUCUAGAUGGCCCAUGUUACAACUAUAAUGACUACUGUACUGUCAGCUCAGUAUAAUGUUUCUGGAAGACACUUUAUAGGUCAGAACCUGCACUUUGACCUAUACUGAAUUCAGAAGCAAACUGGCAACCAAUACAGCUUGCAGAACAGAGGUUCAAUGUGCCAGUCUUGGGGUUCAUAUAACUACCAGGGCCAUCACAUUUUGCACCAGCUUCAGCUCCUAGAUACUUCGAUUCAAGGCAGAAGGAAGUCAAAGGGCAACUUGAUACACAAAAAAAUUCUCACAGAUACUCAAAUUUGCAUGUGGUAAAUGUGCAUUUGGAAAUUCUGGGAGGUUGAACUCUAUAUAUCUUAAAGUUGCCAAGUUUGACAACCACUACAGUAGAGCCAACCAAAUAUGGCAUGAUGCCAAAAAGGCACUCAUCCACCAUCCCUAUCGACAUAGACACGCAUGUGAACAAAUAAAUAGACAUGCUAUAUUAAUAUUCUAUAAUAUAUGAACAAGACAGUGCCCUUAAAGUAUACAAAAAAUGAACCAAAAGAAUACUCAGAGUCUAGGGCACAGGUGUCAAACUCGAUCACAUCACAGGCUGGAUUGUGACAUAUUGCAAGUUUUUUUGCCUUUGCCAAACUGGGGUGGCCAUGGCCUAUGCAUGAUGUAUCCGGCCCAUGGGCCGUCAGUUUGACAGGCCUGGUAGGGCUAUGUCAGCAAUAAAAAGAAAGAGGUAUUGUACAGUAUAGAACCUCUGUUGGGAUCAGUAGGUAUUAAAAUCAGAUGGAUUUAUUUUCUUAUUGCAAACUAAGCACAUGUGCUAUCUACAUUCUUUUAGCAUCUAUUAUCAAUCCCAGAGCUCCUAAUCACUAUUUCUCUAUGUAUAUAUUUUGGAUACUUUUAAAUAUGUAAAACUUACUUUGUGCAAAGAACCAUGCAGCUAUAAUUUUACAUUAAUUAAAAGUACUCUUGAUCAUAGUAAGGAUUCAUAUCUAGUAUUUUAAUUCAGUAACAGAUAAUGGUCAAAAACUUCAAGCAAAGAAGACAGGGAUUAAUAGUCAUACCCACUGCUGGAUUUACAUCUGUCUGUUUAACAGAACCUAAGAUCAAUGCUUCUAAAGCUAUGUAAAACUGGCUAUCUUAGGCUCCAGGUGGUCAAUCCUACAUUGCCAAACAGUCAAAGGAUAUGGAUUACUUGUUUAAAAUUGCUUUAAUAGUAUAUUGCAACUUUCCUUUAAGAAAAAUAUAUAUUCUGAUAACAUCUGCUUUGACGAUAGUAGAGCAGGGGUGUUAAACUCAAGACCCAUGGGAUGCUUAGAUCUGGCCCAUGGGACUGCCCUGGAAACAGUGAAGGACCAGUCUACAGUGCCUCUGCCAGUAAAAAUGAAGCUCAGGGGGGGCAGGCAUGCACAACCCAGCUCCAUUUUUGCUGGCAGAGGGUUGUAGGAGGCUGUCUCAGCUGAAAAUGGCGCUCAGGAGCCCAUUUUCAUUGGCAGAGUGCUCAGGCCAUCAAAGGCACCACCUCCCAACAUGAAUGACAUCAAGCUGGCCACACCCACACUGGACAGGCCUACCCUGGCCUCCUGAGGUCAAACAGCUCUGAUGCAGCCCUUAAAUCGAGUUUGACACCCCUAUAGUAGAAGGAUCCUUUAUUAAUAUUUCUGUGGGUGCAAAACAUUACUUUAAGACCUUUAAUUAAAACAUUGUUUUCCUUCACCUGUUAGAACUCUUCACUAUUGCCGAUGUCAGCUGAAGCUAUUAAGAGUAUAGUUUAGCAAUGUAUUUAAUAAAAGGAUGUAUUACACUGCCAUAAGUCAUUAAGGUAUAAGUAGAAAAGGAGAAUAGUGUGGUUCAAAGCAUUCUCUUGCUUAAAGACUCUCCAAACAUGAAGAAUUAAAAUUACAUAGAAAACAAGGUAGAAUAGUAUGUCCAGAUGUUCAGCUAGAAAGUCUGAAGGAAAAUAGGAUGCAUGCAUGCAUCCAUGGAAAUAGAACUAUUUUCGUAAACUGAGACAAAAAUGUAUUAAAAUCUUCGAUCACAUGACAAGAGAUACUCAACUUCAAAUAUAAGUGCAGUUGUCCUUUAUAAUUCCAACUGAAUAUCUGCAUUUGUUUCUUAAAGGACCAAUAUAAAAUUAUGCAUUUACUUUUAUUGUCAUCUUCAUUUCAGAUUAUCAUCUUGAAAACAGAUCACAUUGCUCUCUGUUUAAACAGAAAACAUAUACAUCAACUAACACAGGAAUACCUUUUAUUUUCAAUUAUUGCCAUAUCUAUUAAAAAUACUUUUUUUCUGCUGGCAGAAUUAUUUUUAAAUGUUGGCUUGCUGAAUUUGUAAAUGAAAUCAUAUUUAUUUCUAUUUAUUAAUAACAGUACUUUAUUGUACUCAUUUCUUCCCAUCAUGGAUGUAAAGCAAUUUCUUGAAAAUUUAGUAUAAAAUGUAAACAUCUACAGAAUGGAUUAACUAGCAGAAAGGUAGCAAUCAGUUAGUGGCACAGAAAACAUGCAAAAAGAAAU